AUGAGACUGAAGGAAUUUUUUCAAAAUGCUUCAACAAAUGAGCCAUCAGAGGCUGAUAUGGGAACCGGUAGAUUCAAGACAAGAUCGACAUUUGAUCCACACAGCACCAAACAUACGAUCAAAACUUUUUUAUCCUCUACUGCUAAGAUGUCCCAGGAGAUUUUUUCUUGCAGGUCCAAACCACAGUACAAUAUGACUAAACAAGAGCGAUUUCUACUCAGAGAACUGUCUAACGACUCCACGAUAGUUAUCCGACCGGCGGAUAAGGGAGGCGGCAUUGUCCUCAUGGACUAUGGAUAUUACUCCGACGAUUUGAAAAGACAGCUCAUGGACACCGACACGUAUUUCCAAUUAAAGGGAGAUCCCACAGUAGAAAUACAGAAUAAACUAGUAGAUAUACUGGACAUGUACCUAAGGGCUGGAUACAUAAAUACAGAAUUAUAUCAUUUUUUGAACAAAACCCACCCCCGCACUCCGGUGAUAUACAGUAUCCCCAAAAUACACAAAAAUGCACAGAGACCACCUGGGAGACCCAUCGUCUCAGCCAUCGAUGGCAUACUUGAACCCAUUGCACAGUGGCUAGAUUUCAUCUUCAAAAAACCAGUUGAAGCUCUGUAUACUUGUGUCAAAGACACGCAGUCUCUACUACAACAUCUUAAAGCAUUGGAGUUUGAAGACACGAAUCCGAUUUUUAUUACCAUGGAUGUAUCCAAUCUAUAUACAGUUAUUCCACAUAUAGAAGGGGUAGAGGCGAUGCGGCAAGUAUUAUGCAAUACACCAUUCUAUCAAGGCCCCCCCAUAGAAGCGGCACUGGAGUUAUUAUUGUUUAUUUUGAAUCACAACUAUUUCAGAUUUGAAGAUCAAUGGUACCUACAGACAGCAGGAACCUCCAUGGGCUCGGCAGUAGCACCAAGAUAUGCCAAUGCAUACAUGUAUAUGUAUGAAAUACAAUACAUACUGACCCCAUAUGCUAGAUCAAUAAUGGGGUACUACCGCUACAUUGAUGAUCUCCUUAUAAUCUGGAAGGGCACACCCGAACAAGCUCAGAAUAUGGUGGAUACACUGAAUCAGCUACCUACACCGAUCAGGUUCACUUCUAAUAUCAGUGAACAUUCAGUCCAAUAUUUGGAUUUAGAAUUAUCCUAUGGAACAAAUGGUGUUGAAUAUACCUUGUUUUCGAAACCAACCGACAGAAACACUCUCCUGCACGCCCAGAGUGCACACCCAUGGGCGUUGAAAAAAUCGAUACCGAAGGCACAAUAUCAGAGGGUUAUACGGAAUAACUCAAACAUAGAAACAGCGGAGAUACAAUUGAGAUCAAUGACCCAGAAGUUUGUGAACAGAGGCUAUGAAGAUAGAGUGCUGCGAGAAGCACUCGUCCAAGCCAGGCUAGCCCCAAGAAAGGAUAAGGCUCACUCUUCACCAUGCAUGGUGUUUCCAUUGACCUUCCAUAAUUCUGCAGACAAGGUAACAGCACUCAUCAAGGAUAAUUGGAAGAUGGUAUCCACUGACGACUCCCUGCCUAAGAUCUUCAAGGAACCGCCAAUGAUCUGCUAUAGAAGAAACCGCAAUUUACGUGAUAUUUUGGAUUACCUGCUCAGCAUUCCAUCUGCUUCUAACAGACUGCUAUUCAGUGUGACUGUCCAGGAUUACCUGCUCAGCAUUCCAUCUGCUUCAAACAGACUGCUACUCCUAUCAAGCUCUAUCCUGUGGCUGGGUCAGUCAGUGACAUACCAGCCUACCCUUAUCAUGGAAGAUUCCCAGAACGUCCCUGUGGACUUCCAGGCCAUGAUUAACGCAGCUUUCGCUGCCUCUGUGGAAAAGGCACUCUCCAAGGCCCGAGCUUCGGCUCCUGAUGUACCUAAAACCCGCAGACGUCCACGUCACGAGUCGGACUCCGAACUGUCCGACUAUCAGACAAGGGAUGAAUCCCGCCCUACAAAACGCCAUGACAAAGGCGAGGACUAUGCACCCAAACCACCCAAGGGUAAGGCACCUGCCAAGCGUAAAUCUGCCAAACUACACACCCCGGCCCCGCGUCAGGAGUACUCUUCAGAUGAAGAGCAGGGCCCUGCCCAGUCUAUGCCAGUGCUGGAUGAGUGGCAAGCUGACGCUUCUGAGUCGGAUUACGACGCAUGGGGCUCGGAUGAGAAGUCUGUCUCCGCUUUCAUGCGGGAGACCCUCCUGGGUGCGGCCCAGACAGGAGAUAUCGAGGACACUGCGGAUGCAGAACCUCCUCUUGACUCAGACAUCAUUGUGGACCCCUCAGGUCAAGCGAUGUUCAACCCCCGCAACAUACGGCACCUCAGAUCGGGUGACUGGUCGCCUCCAGAACACCUUUCCAGGUUCAUGCACCUGUGGCUCCGCAAACCUCUGGAGAAAGAGGUCCGCAGCCGACUCAGGUCUGAAUGCCCACGCCCUUCCCUGCCGGAUAAGGUCGCUCAGACCCCAGAAUUUGACAAGGUUAUGACGACCUUUAUGAUGCGCAGUGGCAGAGACCCUCGACGAGGGGUAGAGAAAGGCCUAUGGGGCGCCCAAGAUAACCUACUGGAUUCCGUAGGCCCCCUGGCUCGCAUUAUGUAUCUGGCGGAUGACGCCUACGCCAAAGCCGAUUCUUUCUCCACCGAAGACAUCAGGGAAUGGGCACAUGAUAUUCGUGAGUGGGCACUACGGUGUUUUGUUUCAUCGGAAACACCAAUGUUACGCUCUCUUCGGAGAGACGAAAAGCAGCGUUAUACCGUAUUAACGAAGAAGACACUACAGAAUGGACACAAUGGAGAACAUAUCCAGGAUGGCUACACAGCUCUUCUCAAUGAAGGAGAGGAAAAUGAAAUGGAAAUAUUUGGCUACAAAACAAUUCAGUACCGUAAAGUGCUUUCCAUUAUAGGAUGUAUAAUUUCUUUUGGGGUACUUUGGCUUCUUUUUUACUGGAGACCUGAAUGGGAAGUCUGGAUUUGCUGUGAACCAUGUAGCCUGCAGGAAGCUGAUGUUGUAUUGCUUAGAACAACGGAUGAAUUUAAGCAAUACUGCAGAAAAUGUAUUAAGUGGACUGAUCUUUCAGAGCUGAAGUUAUCAGUUGCCGCAUUAGAAAAACCAAUUCCUGGAGACAGCCAUUCGAUCAUAAACCAAGCAAUCAUACCAUCUUUGUUAAAGAUAAAAUGCAUUUGGGUACAGAAAAUCAAAUACAUCUGGUUAAACACGGAUAAAAGGUUCCAAAAAGCUGGAUAUUUGGAAGAUGACUACUCAUGUUCUGAAAUGCAUUCAAGGUUUAGUUCUGGGCUCAGUCGAGAAGAACAAGAACUAAGGAGGCGUGUUUGUGGUCCCAAUGCCAUUGAAGUUGAAGUAACACCAAUUUGGAAAUUGCUUUUUAAGGAGGUCUUAAACCCGUUCUAUGUGUUUCAAAUUGCCAGUCUUGCUUUGUGGCUGUCAGAAGGAUACAUUGAAUAUUCCAUAAUAAUUAUCAUCAUUACACUGAUAUCUAUCUCUCUGUCGGUUUAUGAUAUGAGACAGCAAUCUGUAGAACUCAACAAACUAGUUGAAUCCAAUAACAGCACUGUGGUAACUUUGUGCAUGAAAGAUGGGGCACAAGAACAGGUGGAAUCGAGAUGCUUGGUCCCUGGAGAUAUAAUAGUUCUCACAGGAAGAAGGUUCUUCCUUCCUUGUGAUUGUAUUCUUCUCAGAGGUAGCUGCAUUGUAAAUGAAGGAAUGCUUACAGGAGAAAGUAUUCCAGUCACAAAAUCUCCUCUUGAAAAUAUCCAGAACUCCACUCCAUGGAAAAUACAAAGUGGGGAAGAUUUCAAAAGACAUGUAUUGUUCUGUGGGACUGAAGUAAUUCAGACAUCUUCUUUUGGUUCUGAUAAUGUCAUAGCUGUAGUGAAACAGACAGGUUUCAACACAGCUAAAGGAGAUAUGGUGAGGUCAAUCCUAUUUCCCAAGCCCAUGAACUUCAAGUUGUAUCAAGAUGCAACCAGGUUUCUGAUGUGCCUUGUUGCAAUAGCAGUGGUUGGCUUCAUCUACACUGUAGUAUUAUUUUCAGUUAAAGGGGAAACAGCAAGAGAUAUCAUCGUAAAGGCAUUGAUUGUUGUCACAGUUGCCAUCCCUCCUGUUCUACCUGCUGCUGUAUCUGUGGCAAUCAUGUACGCACAAAAGAGGCUCAAGAAAAAAAAGAUAUUUUGUAUAAGCCCUCAAAGAAUCAAUGUUUGCGGUAGAAUAAACGUGGUCUGUUUCGAUAAAACUGGGACCUUAACGGAGGAUGGCCUUGAUCUGUGGGGAGUUCUGCCAGCCAUUGAAAAAAGCUUUCAGAAUGUUCACAUGUUCACAAAUGGAAACAAUUUGCAAUGGAGCCCACUUCUUGGAGCAAUGGCCUGUUGCCACUCAUUGAUCGUUUUGGAUGGAAAAAUUCAAGGUGAUCCCCUGGACUUGAAGAUGUUUGAGGGAACAAACUGGGUACUUGAUAAUUCAUGCCAAGAGAAUGAAUGUGAUGACAUUUCAAAACAACAUCUUGUGAUAAAACCAGGGCCUCACAACAGUUCAGUUCCUCUGGAAGGUAUUAUUAUUUUGCUGCAGUUUCCCUUUUCCUCCAGCCUCCAGCGUAUGUCUGUUGUUGCCCAAGUUUUAGGAAGUGAGGAAAAGUUUGUGUUUAUGAAGGGAGCCCCAGAAAUGGUUACUCAGUUUUGUUUACCGGAUUCAGUUCCUCACAACUUUUCAAGCCAAUUGCAGGAGUAUACACUUCAGGGUUUUCGAGUAAUAGGUUUGGCAUAUAAAACAUUGCAUGAACAACAAUGUAAUGAAGAUAAAGAUAGCUACCCAAGGGAGAAGGUCGAAUGUGACCUUAUAUUUCUUGGUCUCCUGAUACUGGAAAAUCGAUUGAAAGCAGAAACUACCCCAGCAAUAAAUGAGCUCAACAAUGCCCUAAUCAGGACCGUGAUGAUCACAGGAGAUAAUCUUCAGACAGCAAUAACAGUUGCUAGAAAUUCUGGCGUAGUACCAGGAUGCACCAUGGUUAUUUUAAUUGAAGCAUCUGAACCUAAUGAAAAAUGUCCUGCAUCUAUUUCAUGGAGCAAAAUGGACUCCCAUCGAAGUGAAAUGCAUGAAAUGAGAGACUUUGACAGUGAGAGAUGUGAAGAAUCAACAAUGUAUCACUUCGCAAUGACAGGAAACACCUACCAAGUUAUAGUGCAACACUUUUACAACCUACUUCCAAAGAUAUUGUUGAAUGGUACAAUCUUUGCAAGAAUGUCUCCUGGACAGAAAUCCAACCUUGUAGAAGAAUUUCAAAAUAUGGAUUAUUAUGUGGCUAUGUGCGGAGAUGGAGCCAAUGACUGCGGAGCUCUAAAAAUGGCCCAUUCUGGCAUAUCUCUCUCUGAACAGGAGGCAUCUGUAGCUUCACCUUUCACUUCUCGUAUUCCAAAUAUUCAGUGUGUUCCCCUUCUUAUUAAGGAAGGUCGAGCUGCUCUGGUGGCUUCAUUUUCAGUCUUCAAGUAUGUAACUCUCUAUGCUAUGAUACAGUUUAUGUGUCUGCUCCUGCUCUACUGGGAAUUGAAAUUUGUGGGGCUAUACCAAUACCUUAUCCAGGAUGUUGGUAUCACUAUUGUUGCCACCUUAACAAUGAGUUUAACACAUGCCUAUCCAAAGCUGGCUCCCUACAGACCACCUGCUCAGCUGAUAUCACCACCAUUGUUGCUCUCGGUGAUAUUCAAUGUUCUUCUCAAUCUGGCUAUGCAGAUCUGCGGCUUUGUAGUCCUACAGAAGCAACCAUGGUACAGCAAAACUGGUUUCAGUGUUUGUUCUCCAGCAAAUGGAACCUUAACUAGUCUUCAUAACGCAACAGUCAGCUUAUCAAAUGGGAGCAGUACUGAAGUGCAAGAAUUUUCUAUGUUUGAAAAUUAUGAAACAACAACUUUGUGGCCAAUAACUACAAUUUCCUGUAUUAUUGUAGCAUUUGUGUUCUCAAAAGGAAAACCAUUCAGAAAACCGAUUUAUACCAAUUAUAUCUUUUUUUUCUUACUGCCGAUACAACUGGCUGCAUGCCUUUUUGUUCUGUUUUCUGAUUUUGAAAGCGUAUACAGAGCAUUGCAACUCGUCUGCACUCCCACUCUUUGGAGAGUAGCCAUCCUUAUUAUACUAGUAAUUGGCUUCAUUGUGUCUUAUACAGUAGAGGAAACUGUUAUUGAAAACAGACGACUUUGGUUGUAUUUAAAAAAACUUUUUAAUUAUCAUUCACGCAGCCAGUAUAGGGUACUCUACAGAACUCUUAAAGAUGACCCCAACUGGCCACCUUUGAACAAGACUCAGUACGCCACCUCAAGUACUGAAAUUAAUGGAUCAGCCUACUCUAAUACUUGUUAUAUCAACGAUGAGAAUGAACCCGUAGUUUAACAGAAGAACUAUUUACUAUCAGUUCAGAUAAUCAAACCUCUCACAGCUUUAUUUUAAUAAAGAAAAAUAUUUCAUUACAUUCGAUAUAUGACACAUACCAGUAUACUGCAUACAGGAACAAGAAGACCCUGCAAACUUAAGUUGAGUAGCACUGGAGCGACGAUAUACUACUUAUCUCAUAAACCUCAUCUCAAUAAAAGCUUAUGGAAUACUUUCAAACCGCAUAAACCAGAAUAAGAGAUUUCUAAUUGAUAAAGUCUGCUCUGUAUGAUGGAAGGAUCUGAAUGUAGCUGAAGAUAGUCUCUUUCAGCUGUGCUGCUA